UUUUCUGAGGGAGACGAAAAGGUGGGCUAGUGGAAAUGGAAUGCGUUUGUUGGAGGAGGAGGAGUAUAGACUAUGACUGUGUAAUUAAGUGAGAGAAAACAUAUUGGGGACGGAUUUGUUAGUAUCGUGCAGACUGAGGGUGUACAGGUCGAUAUUAUAGGCUAUCAAGUUUGAACAAGAAGAGUGUGGAAUCUGAAAUUCAGCGUUUUCUAUAAUUUUCACAAUACUUUCAUGAAUUAACUUCUCACAUUAUAAAGCGCACUGUUCCAGAAAAUCGGGUUUUCUUUUUAACUUCAUUCACCGGCUCGGAUUGAGAUAACCAUAUAGGGAUUCAAUGUGCUGCUUUGGAAAAGAAUAGCCUGUCUGCAUUUAAACUGAGAACAGAGGUUUGUUUGGACCUCCACAAUCUAACUGAUGUUCUUGUAUAACACCUUUGCGCGGAUAACUUCUCCACAAUCUUGCAUGGUGCUUUACGGGCAAGGAGGAAUGGCGCGAUAAAGUGGUAGCCUAUACCUGGCAUUCAGAAGAAUCAAUCGAAGUACCUAUUUUGUGUACACUGCUGGCUCAUGAUGUACUCUCCGAUUUGUCUUACUCAGGAUGAAUUUCAUCCCUUCAUCGAGGCACUUCUCCCUCACGUCCGUGCCAUCGCCUACACGUGGUUCAACCUCCAGGCGAGGAAACGCAAGUACUUCAAGAAGCAUGAGAAGCGGAUGUCCAAGGAUGAGGAGCGUGCGGUCAAGGACGAACUGCUCAGCGAGAAGCCCGAGAUCAAGCAGAAGUGGGCCUCGAGGCUCCUCGCCAAGCUCCGCAAGGACAUCCGCCAGGAGUACCGCGAGGACUUUGUGCUCAGCGUGACAGGCAAGAAACACCCGUGCUGCGUCCUCUCCAACCCCGACCAGAAGGGCAAGAUCCGCCGGAUCGACUGUUUGCGGCAGGCCGACAAGGUGUGGCGCCUAGACCUGGUCAUGGUCAUCCUGUUCAAAGGCAUCCCGUUGGAAAGUACAGACGGAGAGCGCCUCGUCAAGUCGCCGCAUUGCACCAACCCAGCACUUUGCGUCCAGCCGCAUCACAUUACAGUGUCGGUCAAGGAGCUCGACUUGUUUCUAGCAUACUAUGUCCAGGACCAAGACGCACAGCAGUCAGGAAGUCCCAGUAACAAUGAGCCAGGCAACAACCCUCCAGUUUACUUGGAAGACAGCUUCAUCAAAUCAGGAGUCUUCAGUGUUUCGGAGCUGGUGCGGGUGUCCAGAACGCCCAUCACCCAGGGGGCAGGGGUGAACUUCUCCAUGGCCGACAUGCCUAGUCAGCCGUACUACCAUGACCUGAACUCCAGUGUGGGCCUCCAUCGCUCCCUCUCCUCCCCGCCUGGCAGUAAACGGCCCAAGACCCUCAACAUAGAGGAGAGUAUGGAGACCAGUCCCACUGGCCCUGACUUCUAUUCCUCACCUAGCUCCCCAGCUAGUGGCAGCAGGACCUGGCACGAGAGAGAAGACCUGUCGUCUCCCACCAUGAAGAAGCCCGAGAAGCCUCUCUUCAGCCCCACCUCCCCGCAGGAUUCCUCACCCAGACUGAGCACUUUCCCCCAGCACCACCACCCCGGACUCACAGGCAUCGGACACAGUGUUAUAUCAACGAGGAGCCCUCCCCCCCAUUCCCCCCUGCAGUUCUCUGCCUCUGCCAUCCUCCCCCCCGCCCCGUCACCCUACUUCUCCCACCCCACCAUCCGCUACCCGCCCCAUCUCAACCCCCCUGACUCCCUGAAGAGCUACGUGUCCAGCUACGACCCGUCCAGCCCACAGACCAGCCAGCCGAACAGCAGUAGCCAGGUGGGGAAGGUUCAGGGCCACUUCACCCCGGUCCUGGCCCCCUCUCCGCACCACGGCACAGUGCGACCUGUCUCCCUCUCCAUGCCCGACACCAAGCCCAUCACAUCAGAAGGUGAGUACAACGGCUACUCAGCCCCGGGCACCCCCACAGCCAAUCGUUUUGUAGGACUGAGCUCUAGAGAUCCAGCCUUCCUUCACCAACAACAGCUGAGGAUAUGUGACUGGACCAUGAAUCAAAACGGCAGGCAUUAUGGCCCCAGUGGCACUGAGGAUACUUUGGGGAUUGCUUGGCAAAGUCCUGGUACCUGGGCGAGCUUAGUUCCAUUCCAAGUCACGAACGGGACUCCGAUUCUGCCGACAAAUGUCCACCAGAACUACAGCAUAAACAUCAUUGGUGAACCCCCCCUCCUCCACACAGAGGCAGAGAACUGAAGACCGCUCAAGGGGCAAGAAGUGUCGGCUACGGGGGAACUAACCAGCAAGCAGCACUUAAAACAAUGGUGCUUACCCCCUCUCUCCCUCCCCCCCUUCCCCCCUCCCACAGACCCCUCCUCCUUCGGGACAUUGGCCAAGAAGACUCGAGUAGGUUUGGAGCAAAACUGAUCCGGUCCACUCUAGCUAACCCUUCGCCAUGCCAGUCAGUCAUUGUGUGAAAAGAGCCUUUCUAUUCAAAAUACUGUGAUGUAUCCUGUACAAAAAAACUUAAGAUGCCUUAAUGUUUUGCAUGACAACUCUUAGUCUAAUAGUGGUGUUCUUCUUCAUUUUGAUGUUGGGAGUUUCUAACCUUGGUUACGAACAGGGGAAGUGGUGGUCUGAAACACACAAAGACUGGCUGGUAGUAGACGUACCCGACUGUAAGUUAUUCAACUUUGACCUUUACCCCUUCUAUAUCAAACUAUUCACUGUGUAACCAUAGGAACAAAUUGUGAAUUCAGAGUGUUUUUUCCCUUAGAUUUCAGUUUACUGUGAUAUAUUUUUUUUUUACUCAUUAUCCUGUUGAUUCUGUACUGCUAUUUACUUAAAAGUUAGUUAUACUCUUAAGAGUACUCCUAACUCUUACUAUGGUAAAAAAAAAAAAAGAAGAAGACUAAACACUAUUUUUAGGUUAGAGAUUUGACCCCUUUUUUGAAAGAAUUCGUAUCUCCUCUAGAAAAAGUUUUUUUUUUAAAGAUUAAAAAAAAAAAAUCUUGAAAACUCGAAAGAGGCAAGUGCAAUUGAAUUUUUGAAGGGAAGCUAUCAGUCUGUCAGCCCUAAGACUCUAAAGGAAAGGGGAUAAAUAUACGUUUUUUGGUUUAAAUACGUAAACGUGAAAUGUUUAAAAAAACAUUUGAGUUGAUUUCAGUUGCAUUUCUUUGUGUCUCAAAAUGGAAAGAAAAAAAUACUAAACCUGAAAUGCAGAGAUGUGUUUGAAGGUGCGCAUUAAGAUACCUAUGCAGAACUGAAUAUGAACAAGCCAGCACUUCUAUUGAGGCCUACUCAGUCUCAUGGGGAGCUUUUUAUUUAUUGUGGAAAAAAUAACAAACAGAAAGUUUAAAAAAUGAAACACACAUAGUGUAUAAAAUGCCAUUCGAAAUCAAUAACAUAUUCAUUUGGCCAUUAGCUUAUGAAGCUUGUGUUUACAGUAUGACUUGACGAAAAAUCAAAUGAAUGCAGGCUGUUAAAGUCAUUCACUAAAAUGUAUGUGUACGUCUCAAAAUCUACACUUUUUGUGCAACCUCGAACCUGCAAGGUUGCAGUGGGUUGCACCUUUUGCCACUUGAACACUAAAAAUCCCAGAUACAAUGGUGGCAUUCCCUGAAAUCUAGAAUUGUGCAGGGCAGGUUUAUUGACUUGACCUCUCUCCAAGUCCAGAUAUGACAGAUCUCUCCAAUACUCUUCAUUUGCACGAUGACAUAUAGUCCACAUUACGUGCCUUGCCUUUGAAUAUAAAGAUAUCACUACACUUGUUUUUUUGCGGCAUUUAUUACCAUUAUAGAAAAGAAACUAAACAAUUUAUGAUAAUACUUUUUUUUUGUACUCUGAAUGAAAAUUGUGACAUUGUUGAUUUUUUACUUUCAUUUACUACUUUCUCUCACAGUUACGGUGCAUAUCAAGUAUAGUUGCCGUUCUAAAGUCUAUAAUCACCAGCAUUAUUUUUCAGUGUUUUCGGUGGUUUUCGAAUAACCUUUCAUUUUUGUUUUAUUUUUUUAUUUUUUUUUAUUUUUCCAUCUUCCAGUUACUAUUGAGGAGAGAAAAUUAUGCAAUACCAAGUUUUGCCUAUGUAGGUAGUGCUUAUAGAUACGCCAAUUAUUAGAGGCUAGUUUGGAGACAAUAUUGUAAUGCAUUUAUUUUGUUGAUAUCGUUGUUGUUGUUUUCCUUUUUUAAUUGACCAAAGUAGGGACUGCUUUCUAUGCAGUGAAUGACAAGGUCUUAUUGUCGUGUAUUGACAGAUGGAGAGACAUGUAUCAAUUUGUUUUUAUUUCUUGGGGGAGGGAGGGGGCCAUUUUUCUAAGCUUACUGUUCGCCUGUAAAGAAUACACCCGUUGGUCUCGUAUGGCUGCAAAGUCACUGAUCUGUCUACUGUGACAAACUUGACUCUUUGCAUUCAACUUUCCACCUGGGGUGCUAGCAUGUGACAUUGACUAAGCUCAUUUUCGCAGGAGAGACGGCUUGACUUGUGGGACCAUCACAAAAAAACUAAACAAAAUUCAGGAGAGGAACACGCUAACCUUAAUCAGAUCCACAAUUGCAAACUGAAAUCAUACUGCAAUGUUAAAAAAAAUAAAAAUAGCAGGAAGCUAUAUAAGCAUUAACCCUUAUACAUAACAUGGUGUCAUUCUAUUAUCAGUCACUAUAUGCAAUUCCCAAGUAGAUGCCUUAAAAAUACAGGAUAUAUAAAGUGACCUGUUACACAUGCGGUACAAUCAACACACCGACAAAUCCACGUGAAACCGGUCAAAUCAGUCUAAAGAAAGUAUUAAUCAACAUAUAUGCACUAUAUCUGUAUACACCCCGGGGAUAUCUCUACCCGUUAUCGCUAUAGGGAGCCUUGAUUUUAUCAUGUAAUAAGCUAUGGACUACAGAGGAAGGACCUCUGAUAUUUUCAUUGUACUGUGUAGUACCCGGAGAAGAACAACAAUAGAGAACUUGCAUACAGUAGCACAUAGGUUAUCGUCUUCCCCAAGUGUGUUACGUCAAAUCUAUAACAAACAAAAAUAUAUAUUACAUAUGUGAACAAAAACAAAAUCUCAGGCGUUACAGGGCAAAUUCCAAUUACAACUCUCCCACCUUGUAAUACAAAAAAUGACUUUUAUAACUCAAAUAGACACUAUCCACAACGAUGUUACCUGUUGCACUCUAUCCCAGCAAUUGUGAACAUUCUUACCGGCUUAAUUCGAAGAAAGGUACUGUGCUGCAUACGCAACACUCUUUGAGGGGCCAGAAAGUGUAUAAAACCUCCUAAACUCAAGUCAAGCUUAUUCUCUCCUCCUUCACCAAGAAACUUAUUCUGAAUUUGGGAAUGAAAAAAAACAAAACAAAAACCACCCCAUUCUAUGUGCACUGUUCUGCUUUUUUUGUGUAAAAAAAAACAACACAAGUGCUUUGCAGCCUCUGGCCAUUGGAGACCCCACUGAAGGGCAUUUUCCCUUAGUCACGUGUGAUAGAAACGUGUCAGACUUGAUGUUGACAUUUUGGGUAGAAGAUUGGGUGUAUAUAAAGGUGAAUGCCGUGGUGGCGUCGAUAGCAGUAGUUCUUUGGGGUUCAAAUCUGCUUUUGGCAGCUUGCGAGUAAUGUGUGUUUAUGAGUAUGUGUGUGUGUGUGUUUGUUUGUUUGUUUGUUUGUUUGUUUGUUUGUUUGUUUGUGUGUGUGUGUGUGUGUGUGUGUGUGUGUGUGUGUGUGUGUGUGUGUGUGUGUGUGUGUGUGUGUGUGUGUGUGUGUGUGUGUGUGUGUGUGUGUGUGUGUGUGUGUGUGUGUGUGUGCAUGCUUGUAAGAGAGAAUGCACGAGGGAUAGAGAGGGUGACACGACACAUCGAACGAAGAUGAGGGUCUUUCUAUAGAGAUACCUGCCUUAUAGACAGGAGUUUGUACACUGUAAUCCUUUUCACGCUUUUUAUUUGACACCCUUGUUUGUGAUUGUUUUCAAACAUCUUGGGUAUUAUAUAAGUCAAUUCCAUUUUAGGAGGAGGAAAAAACAAGGCUGGGCUUGAUUUACUCUCCAGCUCUCCCCAAAUAAUCCAAAAUUAUAGGAUUUUAUAACUUUUUAAUAUUCCUGUAUUAAGGUAAAGUAUCCUAUACAGAACCAUAAAAUAAAAAUAAACUUUCCAUUUUGGAAACAUUUCAGUACUAUUUGAAAUUCUUGUUUUUGUUAGUGUGGCCAUAGUAGAAUGUGUGAUGUGAUUAUGUGGUUGUGAAUCCAUGUCAGAGAGAGAGAGAGGGGGGGUGAUUGGGUUCUACCAUAGGGGAGAUCUAUCCAUGUCAGUUCACAAUAAAGGCACUUGGUUUGAGCCCACCACCAGUGAAAUACCAGGGUAACAUUUGAAGUGUCAUCAUAGAUCGUUCUACUGUGUUAAUAUCAAGUGUGUUAUGUCGAUCCCACGAAAGUCCUCCUUUAGAAAAAUCAUAAUUACAGAAUGAUGCAACAAUCCACGAGAAAUUUGGCACCUAGCAUUUGACAAAGUUUUGAAGUGUCCAUUAUGGGUUUGGAUUUGGAACAGGCAUGUGUAUGCAACAUCAAGCAAGUAGUUCCGCUGUGAGGAUUGGGUGAAGUAAGUCCUUUGUGGCCCCUAGGCAUCACAGAUUUUUGCACUUUUCAUAAUUUCAUCUACAGUGAGCUCCAAAAGUAUUAGGACAGUGAGACAUUUUUGUUCUUUUGGCUCUGUACUCCAAGACUUUGAAAUGGUACAAUGACUAUGAAGUUUAAGUACAGACUGCCAGCUUUAAUUUGAGGGUAUUUUCAUUCAUAUUGGGUGAACCGUUUCGAAAUUACACCACUUUUUGUACAUAGUCCCCCAAUUUUAGUGGAACAAAAGUAUUGGGAGAAAUCCACUUAUGUGUAUUAGCGUAGUAAAGAGUUAAGUAUUUGGUUCCAUGUUCAUAACAUGCAAUCAAGUUUGUGACUCAUGAUUCAUUUUCUGUUUGUGUUGUUUGUGUUUCAGAUUAUUUUGUGCCCAAUUGAAAUUAAUGAUAAAUAAUGUAUUGUGUCAAUUUUAUUGUAAAUAAGAAUAGAAUAUAUUUCUAAAGACUACAUUAAUGUGGAUGCUACCAUGAUUACGAUAAUCCUGAAUGAAUCGUGAAUAAUGAGGAGUGAGAAAGUUACAGACGCACAAAUAUCACACCCUCAAGAAAUGCUAACCUCUCACCAUUACAAUAACAGGGGAGGUUAACAUUUUUUGGGGUUAUGAUGUUUGUGCGUCUAACUUUCUCACUCAUCAUUAUUCACAACUCAUUCAGGAUGCUGUAAAGUGUUUAGAGACAUAUUCUAUUAUUAUUUACAAUAAAAGUGACAACAAAAUUACGCAAUACAUUAUUUACAAUGAAUAUGGGACUAAAUACUUAAGUUUGUACUACAUUAAUACACAUAAGUGAAUUUGUCCCAAUACUUUUGGUCUCUUAACUAUGUACAAAAAGUCCUGAACAGUUCGUCCGAUAUGGAUGAAAAUACCUUUUAUAUCAGUGUCCCACUCAUGGUAUAUAUUUAAUAAGUAGACAGAUAUAGGCAGGUUUUGUGUUGCAUACAUUGCAUAAUGUUUAUUUUCAAAGGGCUAAUUUGAUUUGAUCAUCGAUGGACAUCAUGUACAAGGGUUAAACCGUUUUCACAGAAUGACAUGUAGGCCCACAGAUGAGAAAGGCAUGACAGAGAUGAGUAUUAUUCAAUAUUCAGUCAUGAUUGUUGUAGGCUAUCCAUGGGCAACUGUUCAAUCAGUACCUUAUGCAAGAAAGACCAGUGGCAAUCAUGCAAUAUCUGUGUAGUUCUACUUACUUAAUGUUCAGUGCUCUAGGGAUUAAGAGAACAGAUGGAUGGACAAAAGUGCUUUCAGGAGGUGUGUUUUUACGUGAGCAAUAGAUGUGUUCCAUGUAUUGAUUAUUAACAUCAGGUUGUUGUUGUAAGCAGGAAACAUCAAAACCAGCAUUUUCUGUAUUACUAAUCACUUAACUAAAUAUAUGAAUAAUUCAGUGCCUGUUCAAGCUCACCGUCUCAGUGGAGUGUCCAUUGUCAAUAAAUGUGAUAUGACAACAACAAAAAAGUGAAACAACUUCAAACGAAGCGAUAUGUGUGGGGCGCCUUGGCGUGUUCUCUCAAUCUUUUUGAAUUUUUAGUUUUGUUUGUUGUUUUGUUUUUGGUUUGAAAUGUGUCUUUGCAAGAGGGUUUUUUUCUGCUUCAUUCACUUGAAGGUCAGCUGGGUACGCCCAUCUCAUGCUUGCUCUUUGAGGGGAAAAAGCUACGUGUACACGUUGUUUGGACAGUGUGUUUCUUUGGAUUGUCAAUUGCUACAUUAUGUUAACUAAUGACAUUUGAAAAUGCUUGCCAACUUCUCAGAAUGGUUGACUUCUUAUGGGUCUUGUGGCACUUUUACUCCCUCUGCACACACAUUAUUACUAUGGCGAAUCACUUCAAGGUGAAUUAAAAAACACAACUACUACAACACCACCAACUAAAUAAUACGUAACAGUCUCCAGUAGUAACUUGUAGUUACACAGCAGGUGUGUGCAAAAGUCUACGUAUGUAUUGAAUGUAGGUUUUAGAGGACUUUUGAAAUCUUUUUGUAGAUAUCUUUUUAUUUGACAGUUUAUGAACCACAGGUAUGUGUCGUGAACUGUACAGCGAAGGCCUUGAUAUCCCUUCUUUUUGUUUUGUUUUUUGAUUUUAGAACAUUAAAGCAGUAGGCGAUGCCUUUGAGAUGGUUACAUUUGGUGCAGGGGCUAAAAUUGCCACAAGAUUAAAAUCCGUGUAAAUAAGGCUCAACAUUUUUGGUGAUUGUUACAGUUAUAUCCAACCUAUACUGCUAGCAGAUGUUUUUACUGCAGUCAAUUACUGGACGUGGAUAUAUUUCCUAUGCAAAACUGUUUAAACAAUAAAAUGAGCAAUGCUACAAAAAUGA